CUUAAAUCUCAGCAUGUCGAACACCGAAGCCAAGCACCACGAAGAGGAGGAGGCUCCCACCGGCGAGGACGAGGACACCGGAGCUCAGGUAGCUCCGAUUGUGAGACUCGAAGAGAUCGCCAUCUCCAAUGGCGAAGAAAAUAAAGAUGCUAUUCUCGAUCUUAAAUCCAAGCUAUAUCAAUUCGAUAAAGAGGGGAAUCAAUGGAAGGAGCGAGGUGUUGGAACAGUGAAGUUCCUGAAGCACAAGGAAACUGGAAAGGUUCGCCUUCUCAUGAGGCAAUCUAAGACGCUCAAGAUCUACGCCAAUCAUUUGAUUCUACCUUUGAUGAGUGUACAAGAGCACUCUGGGAACGAGAAAUUAUGUGUUUGGCAUGCCAGAGACUUCGCCGAUGGUGAAUUGAAAUAUGAGAGGGAAGGGUAAGAAGAAGGGGAUGAGAGGGAUGAGAGGGAAG